AUGGGACAGACCCCAGCCCCAGAGAGAUGCAGCGCCCAACUUGAUGCCAGCCUCCAGCUUCUCCGGCCUCAGGGAAUGGACGCAGCCACAGCUCCAAAGCAAGCCUGGCUCCCCUGGUCCCCACUCCUUUUCCUGCUCCUCCUACCUGGAGGGAGCAUCAGUAGCUGCCCUACUGUGUGUGACUGCACUUCCCAGACCCGGGCAGUACUCUGUGCCCAUAGGCGACUGGACGCUGUCCCUGGAGGGCUUCCUUUGGACACAGAACUCCUGGACCUGAGUGGAAACCGCCUGUGGGGGCUUCAGCGGGGCAUGCUCUCCCGAUUGGGCCAGCUCCAAGAACUGGACCUCAGCUACAAUCAGCUCUCUACCCUUGAGCCUGGGGCCUUCCAUGGCUUACAAAGUCUACUCACUCUGAGGCUCCAGGGCAAUCGACUGAGAAUUGUGGGCCCUGGGAUCUUCUCAGGUCUGUCUGCUCUCACACUGCUGGACCUCCGCCUCAAUCAGAUUGUCCUCUUCCUAGAUGGGGCUUUUGCUGAGCUAGGCAGCCUCCAGCAGCUGGAGGUUGGAGACAAUCACCUGGUGUUUGUGGCUCCUGGGGCCUUUGCAGGGCUGGCCAAAUUAAGUACCCUCACCCUGGAACGCUGCAACCUCAGCACAGUGCCUGACCUAGCACUUGCCCAGCUCCCAGCACUAGUAGCUCUUAGGCUACGAGAACUGGAUAUUGAGAGGCUGCCAGCUGGGGCACUUCGAGGGCUCGGGCAGCUAAAGGAGCUGGAGAUCCACCACUGGCCAUCUCUGGAGGCCCUGGACCCAGGGAGCCUGCUUGGGCUCAAUCUGAGCACCCUGGCCAUCACCCGCUGCAAUCUGAGCUCAGUGCCCUUCCAAGCACUGUACCACCUGAGCUUCCUCAGGGUCUUGGAUCUAUCUCAGAAUCCUAUCUCAGCCAUCCCAGCCCGAAGGCUUAGCCCCCUGAUCCGGCUCCAGGAGCUCAGGCUGUCGGGGGCCUGUCUCACUUCCAUCGCUGCCCAUGCCUUCCACGGCCUGACUGCCUUCCACUUGCUGGAUGUAGCAGACAACGCUCUUCAGACUCUAGAGGAAACAGCCUUCCCUUCUCCUGAUAAACUGGUCACCCUGAGGCUGUCUGGUAACCCCCUAACCUGUGAUUGCCGCCUCCUCUGGCUGCUCCGCCUCCGCCACCACCUGGACUUUGGCACGUCCCCCCCUGCUUGUGCUGGCCCCCAGCAUGUCCAAGGGAAGAGCCUAAGGGAGUUUUCAGACAUCCUGCCUCCAGGCCACUUCACCUGCAAACCAGCCCUGAUCCGGAAGUCAGGGCCUCGGUGGGUCAUUGCGGAGGAGGGAGGGCAAGCUGUUUUCUCCUGUUCUGGAGAUGGAGAUCCAGCGCCCACUGUCUCCUGGAUGAGGCCUCAAGGAGCUUGGCUGGGAAGAGCUGGGAGAGUACGGGUCCUGGAGGAUGGCACACUGGAGAUUCGCUCUGUGCAGCUUCGGGACAAGGGGGCCUAUGUCUGUGUGGUCAGCAAUGUUGCUGGGAAUGACUCCCUCAGGACCUGGCUGGAAGUUAUCCAAGUUGAACCACCAAAUGGUACUCUCUCUGACCCCAACAUCACCAUGCCAGGGAUCCCAGGACCUUUCUUUCUGGACAGCAGGGGUGUGGCUAUGGUGCUGGCAGUGGGUUUUCUCCCCUUCCUCACCUCAGUGACCCUCUGCUUCGGUCUGAUCGCUCUUUGGAGUAAGGGCAAGGGCCGGGUCAAGCAUCACAUGGCUUUUGAUUUUGUGGCACCUCGGCCCUCUGGGGAUAAGAGCUCUGGGGGUAACCGGGUCACUGCCAAGCUGUUCUGA